AUGGAUUUUGAUUUAAAGGAUGAAGUAAGUGAUGGCGUAGAUGAUGAUGAUAGAAUAGCAGAAGUUGUUAAAUUUGCGGAAGAGACGCUAUCACCACCACCGCUUUCAUCUGCCCAAUCCCAUGUUAUUGGAACGAAACCAGCAUUAGAAUCACCAAUUUGA